GAGGAGACUGGAGAGGAGACGCGGGAGCCUGGCCGGCCGGGGUGCAACGAGCACUGGGCGCUGAGCAGCUGAGCACCGACCGCGGGGUGUCUCGGGCCGUCCAUGCACAGAGCGUCCUCCCCCGCAGCCGAGCAGCCGCCGGGCCGAGGUGACAGCAACGCCCGCCGGACCCCGCAGCUCAGACCCAAGCCCAUUGCCCGAACUAUGGCACUGCCUCGGACACUAGGGGAGCUGCAGCUGUACAGGGUCCUGCAGCGCGCCAACCUCCUUUCCUACUAUGAGACCUUCAUCCAGCAGGGAGGGGACGAUGUGCAGCAGCUGUGUGAGGCGGGUGAGGAGGAGUUCCUGGAGAUCAUGGCACUUGUGGGCAUGGCCACCAAGCCCCUCCACGUGCGACGCCUGCAGAAGGCCCUGAGAGAAUGGGCUACCAACCCUGGGCUCUUUAGCCAGCCUGUGCCUGCGGUGCCCGUCUCCAGCAUUCCACUCUUCAAGAUCUCUGAGACCGCGGGCACCCGCAAGGGGAGCAUGAGCAACGGGCACGGCAGCCCAGGGGAGAAGGCGGGCAGUGCCCGCAGCUUUAGCCCCAAGAGCCCUCUUGAACUUGGAGAGAAGCUAUCACCAUUGCCUGGGGGGCCUGGGGCAGGGGACCCUCGGAUCUGGCCGGGAAGGAGCACUCCAGAGUCUGAUGUUGGAGCAGGGGGAGAAGAGGAGGCCGGCUCACCCCCCUUUUCCCCACCUGCAGGGGGAGGAGCCCCCGAGGGGACUGGGGCUGGUGGGCUGGCAACUGGUGGAGCUGGGGGUGGGCCAGAUCGCCUGGAGCCUGACAUGGUGCGCAUGGUGGUGGAGAGUGUGGAGAGGAUCUUUCGGAGCUUCCCAAGGGGGGAUGCCGGGGAGGUGACAUCCCUGCUGAAACUGAACAAGAAGUUGGCGAGGAGUGUGGGCCACAUCUUUGAGAUGGACGAUAAUGACAGUCAGAAGGAGGAGGAGAUCCGCAAAUACAGUAUCAUCUAUGGCCGCUUUGACUCCAAACGGCGAGAGGGCAAGCAACUGAGCCUGCAUGAGCUGACCAUCAAUGAGGCUGCGGCCCAGUUCUGCAUGAGGGACAACACGCUCUUACUUCGGAGAGUGGAGCUUUUUUCACUCUCACGCCAGGUGGCCCGAGAGAGCACCUAUCUGUCCUCCUUGAAGGGUUCCAGACUCCACCCAGAAGAGUUGGGAGGCCCUCCCCUGAAGAAACUGAAACAAGAGGUUGGAGAACAAAGUCACUCUGAAAUCCAACAGCCUCCCACCAGCUCUGAGUCCUAUGCACCCCCAUACCGCCCUAGCUUGGAAGAGGACAGUGCCAGUCUGUCAGGGGAGAGUCUGGACGGCCACUUACAAGCUGUGGGGUCAUGCCCAAGGCUGACGCCGCCCCCUGCUGACCUGCCGCUGGCAUUGCCAGCCCAUGGGCUGUGGAGCCGCCACAUCCUGCAGCAGACACUGAUGGAUGAGGGGUUGCGGCUCGCCCGCCUCGUCUCCCACGACCGUGUGGGUCGCCUCAGCCCCUGUGUGCCUGCGAAACCGCCUCUCGCAGAGUUUGAGGAAGGACUGCUGGACAGAUGCCCUGCCCCAGCACCCCAUCCUGCGCUGGUGGAAGGUCGAAGGAGCAGCGUGAAGGUGGAGGCUGAGGCCAGCCGGCAGUGAGAGGGACUGUGACUCCCCACACCUGGCACCCUGGACUUGUGGCGCUCCCAGACUCAGCACUCAGUUCCCAGAGUCAACUUGCAGCCCUGGUUCCUUCUCCUGCCUCCCCACCAGCUCCAUGGACCCAGAACUAUGGGGCUUCAAGCAAUAAUGAGCAGGGGCCUGCAAGAGGAUGCAAGGAGGGUGCGUGGUGCCCUUCAGCCUCUUCCAGAGGAAGGGGGCAAGAACUGCCACAGGGCAUUUGGGGUUCUCCCCUCCCUUAACCAACAUACUCCCACUCUAGUUUGAACCAAUAGACUAGUUUGAUGCAGUUGGACUUAGUUUGGGCAUGGGGGACAGGGGAACUUCCCUGGGAAGGUCCAGCAGCUACAAAUGGGAACAUUUCCUCCAAGAACUGGAGGUCUGGGAACACUGGACCUGUACCUCCUCCCCUUUGCACCCCCAUUUUUGUGCUUCUAGUUUGUCUCUUUAAUUUAACAAGUGCUGCAGUCUGCCCACCCAUCCCCAUCACUUUCCCAAGUCCUCAGCAACUCUCUUCCUCUUGCCCUCUCUGGGAGGGAAGAGGGAUGGGGAGUCCCCCCUUCACCAGCCCCCUCUGGAGGCCUGAUGUGGACUCAGGGUCUCCCUCAGCUGGGGGCUGGGCCACAGCACCUCUCUGAGCAGUUAGAGCGUCUUUCUUUUCAGAUUGUGUACAGUAGAUUAUUUAUUUUGUUAUUUUGGAAUAAAAUUUAUUUUAUGGCUUAGGA